GUUGUGUUGUCAGUUGGUUGUCAGCUAUCAAAAGUCAAAACCGAAUGAGUUGUUGAGGUUUUCAAGAAGUAAAAAUAUAGGUGUGUUUUCUGUGAAAUUUUUAUCAAACUGUAUGAGAACAUUGCAGAAUAUAAUAUAUAUAGACUCAUUUCAAUGUGCAAUUAAAAAGAAAUUGUUCAAUGGUCCUGUAUAAAUGAAGACUCAUCGCAAAUUAUCAACAGUCGGCAUCAUGAGGAAAUAUUACCAACUAAUCCUGUUUGUGGUUUGUUUUCUCAGCAUAGUGACUCUGCUUAUGUACCGUCAUGAAUAUUAUAAAUUGCGAUAUGUGCUAGAAGUAUUAAAUAUAUUCGGAAAACCCGGUUUAUCUGAGAUUGAAUUCUGCGGUCCCGGUUUCAAUGCAACGAUGCUGUCAGAGAUAUUGAGGAAUUCGUCAAUGGAAGUGAAGGAAACGCCGCCUCUAUUUCAGGAGAUCGAUGAAAAUUUCUAUUCCUAUUCGUCAUUCCUUCGGUCUUAUCAAAAGUAUGAAGAGCUUACCCCACAACAUGCUCACGUUGUUGACACAAUCGUGAUAGGAAAAGCGCAUGUAUCACCAAACUUCAGAUGCUAUAUUUGGCUGGAGAACGAAUCGAAACCAAAAUCUGGCAGGUUCACUUACAAAAUUGUAUCUGAACCUAUAAAUAACUUUAGACUGUAUGUCUUUGAAUGCUCAAUGAAUAAAAACUUUGGUAAGCCGAAAGGCGUAAGUUUUUUCAUAAACGAUUAUAAUGUUAACCCUAUACAUGCACCAAUAAACAGAUUAAUUCAAGUGAAUACAAAAAGAAAAGUGCGAGAAAGAAGUAACAUUAGGUUUGUCAAUACUGUUGUUCCAGCUAUCUGUGUGAUACCAAAUCAAAUACCUAUUGUAUCGAGAGAUGCAUUUAUAGAGUUCUUAGUCUUUCACCACAUGGUAGGUGUUGACUAUUUUACAAUCUAUGACAGCAUGAUAUCUGAAGAUGUUAUAAGGCGACUUAAUCUUUUCCCAAAUGAUAUUACUCAAUGGAACAUUCAAUUCUAUCCGUUGAACUACCCUUUUAUUUUCUCUAAGUCGUACGACAUUGUGCGAAAUGCUAUAGAAUUGGACUGCUUAUUCAGGCACUUCAGAUUUGAUAAGGAGGAGGUGAAUAAAGUCAGUCAUGUUGCAGUUUUAUCGUGGGAUGAAUUUCUAGUACCCAGAGUGCAUACGUCUCUCCAGGCUUUAUUAAGAGACUAUGAUCCUAUGCUAACAAUAAGAUCUUCAAAGGUUGAAAGCCUGAUAUUCUGUUUGAAUCAAAAUGACGAUGACAAUAUAGAUAUGGGAUACCCGGACAUCAUGAAAAAAACACAUUAUUACAAUGUUCCAAUAGAAAAAACACAAAUUGCCAUACGGAAUUUGGAUACCAUGAUAUCUUUUGAGGACAUUUUCAAUAUAACAACCAAUGUGAAGAGGAUUACAUUGGAUAUGCUAGCUACCCAUAAAUAUAUGACGUGCAGCGAUCCAAAGAAAUUCAACAUGAAUGGUUACAAUGAGAGUGAAAUGCAGAUAUUCCAACACAAAUUCGAAGGUGCCAUGAUGAAAUUUAGCGAUAGAUUAGUUAGCGAUAAAAUAUACAGAUUGUAUACGUCAGGACAAAUCUGGGAGAAGAAUAACAAUGAAAAUGUUAGGGAUAUGCUGUAGAUAUAUUAUGUUGUGUUAUUACUUUUAAGAUAAAGUAUUAUACAAGGACCCGAUGAGCAGCUAUGCCAACUCUAAACUGUUAAUUUUUCUUAUAUAUAUUUAUUCAUUUAUAUUAUUAAAGUCAUAACUUUUGUUA